AUGGAAGAUAUCGACGAGGAAGUUGUCCAGGUGGACCAAUUCCUGAUGAACGACGACAACGUAGAAUUUAUUGAAGUUCGGAUGGACGAAGUCCUAAUGGACGACGACGAGGUAGUACCAGGCCGAGAAGAGAUGGUGGACAACAAUGACGGGAUGCAACUUGAAAUCGACAUUUUACUCCAAGGCGUCGAUGAAGUGGUCAGUGAAUAUUUCUUCAUAUUACCUAUAUCUAUGUUACAAUUUGUAAUUCAAUUGCAGUUCGAACCAAUCCCCUGGGUGUUCCGGUCGAACAGCUAG